GCCCUCAAUUCAGCUUGGUCGAUGACAGCAGCCACAGCCCACGUGGGGAUGGCGUUCCCAUCUUCCGCCACACCUUCACCGGGGCACUCCUCCUGGGGCAUGCAGUCUUUUUGAGCCAGCCGGGAACUCCCCGCGAGGACCUCCGACUGCUGUUCCGGCGUGGGCCACUGCCCACUGUUCGUCGCUUUGGCCAAGGUCUCCUGGGGUGUGCAGAGCUGCUGUACGAGUUGAUUUCUGGAUCCAAGGAUGAUGGCAUGAGUCCAAGGGACACAGGCAAUGGAGGCUUCCUUGCACUCUGCCACGGCCCACGCAGUGUGGGGGAGACCGGCGGCAGCGAGUCGGAUGGCUCUUGCUACAUACCCUUUGUGGUGGACUCCCAAAGCUGCAGUCCCU